UCGUUUUCGGCUUACUUUCUCCUUUUCCACCGUGGUCGCCCUGGCGAUCGGUCMUAUGUGUAUUUUGUUUGCUGUCUGUUGCAAUAUAUGAUUUUCCUUUAUAAGGUACGUCCAUGUUGUUUCUGUAGUUCAAAUCGUGUGCAUAGUAUUUGUUAUCGUCGUCUUCGUGUCCGUUACAUACACUAGCUGACAAGUGCACGCUUUUCCGAAUUCAUUCGUCCGUCAAUCCUAGUGAAUACGCAAAAUGUCGGGAAGAGGUUUUUUAAAGAGCCGUUUGGCUCAGGUUGCUCCUAAACAACCUGAGGAACCAGCUAAACCAGAGGAACCUCCAAAACUAGCAGCACUACCACCUACUGAUAUACCGAAAAUUCCAAUUGCUAGUACAAGUCCUCAAACCCUAGUUGCUGGUAAUCAACAAGUUGCUCGCGGAAGAAGGGCUAUGUUAGCUAAUAUUGCUCAAGGAAUUAGCUCUCCAAAGUUAUGUGACGAUGUUUCAACAAAAUUCUCAAACAUCGAUCUAGGAAGUGUAAAAGAUAUUGUGCGUCCAACUAUUAGUCCAGAGCAUAAAAAAGCAGAGGAAUCCACACUUCUAAAGCAGCCACAAACACAAAUUGUAGAUAUUCCAGCAGCAAAGGAAGAAAAGUCUCCAGUUAUAUGUCGAGUCUUAAAAAAUUCUGAAAAAGAUACUUACCAAAUGACUCAAUUAUCAUCAAAUUACAUUAGAAUUAAAUUAGAAGAAGACAAAGGAAUAUAUGAAUAUAGAGUUGAUUUUAAUCCACCAGUUGAUGCCAAAUCUGCUAGGUUUUUUUUGUUGAAUGAACACAAAGAUUUAUUCCCUGUAAAAACAUUUGAUGGAACAGUACUCUAUAUACCAAAAAUGUUACCACAAAAUGUAACAACAUUAGUGGGAAGAUUAAGAGACGAAUCUGAAGUAACUUUAACGAUAACAUUUAAGCGUAAAAAUUUGUUGCGUGAAUGUAUUCAUUUUUAUAAUGUUUUUCUACGUACAAUUAUGAAGAUACUUGGUCUUGUAGAAUUUGGUAGGAGUUGUUAUGAUCAAAAUAAAAGGAUACUCAUUCCUGAAUUCAAACUUGAAGUUUGGCCAGGGUAUAUAACUACUAUUGACGAGUUUGAAAAUGGUCUUUAUAUGUGUGCUGAGGUAUCACACAGAGUUUUACGCGUACAAACAGUUCUUCAAAUAAUGACAGACCUAAUGAUGAAUUCGAAAAACACCAAUACGGAUAGUAAGCAAGAAAUAAUGGCUGCAUUGUGUGGUUCUACAGUAAUAACACAUUACAACCGUAAAACUUACAGAGUCGACGAUGUAGACUUUACAAUGAAUCCUUUAUCAACUUUUGACCAAAAUGGUGUUGAAGUCACAUAUAAAGAUUAUUAUAAAAAAAUGUAUGAUGUUGAAAUUAAAAAUCUCCAACAGCCUAUGCUCAUAACAAAACCAAAAAAAAAAGAUAUAAACUCUAAAAAAGUUAAUGAUUUAGGUAUUUGUUGCUUAGUUCCUGAACUUUGUAAUUUAACUGGGCUUACUGAUGCAAUGAAAUCCGAUUUUAAAUUGAUGAAGGCUCUUCAACAACAUACUUUGGUUACACCAGAAGUGCGACAAAAUGCUAUAAUUGAAUUCGUGAAUCGUAUAAAUGGUCAUGAAGUAGCUAGCAAGAAAUUUAGAGAUUGGGGUCUUAUGAUGCGUCCAGUCCCAGUGAAAAUGGAAGGCCCUGUGUAUAAAAGAGAAACUAUUUUGCUUGGAAAUAAUAUCAGAAAACAAGUUGGAAUGAAUAUGGAUUGGGGAAUGGAUGUGGCUAAAAAUGCAAUGUUUGUUGCUGUGAAUAUGUUUAAUUGGGCCAUUUUAUAUAAUCCAAAAGAUGAAUCAACAGCUAAAUCAUUUUGCAAACAAUUGGCUAUAUGUGGCCGUCCUCUUGGUAUGGACAUUAAUCCUCCAAAGCCAAUUAAAGUGAAUGGAACAACUCCAGAAGUUUUUGUUAGCACUGUUAACAAUACAGUAAAAAAUAAUCCAGAAAUACAAUUAGUUGUUAUUAUAUUUCCAAAUCAAAGAGAAGAUCGAUAUAACGCUGUCAAACGGAUAUGUUGUUCAGAAAUUGGAAUUCCAUCUCAAGUAAUAAUCUCAAGGACAUUAGCUAAGCCAGAGCGAUUACAAUCAAUUACUCAGAAGAUAGCUUUACAAAUUAAUUGUAAAUUAGGAGGUGCUUGUUGGGCUGUUGACAUCCCAUUGAAAAAUACUAUGAUAGUUGGAAUUGAUGUGUACCAUGAAAAGGGUAAACAGAUGAGUAGUGUUGUUGGUUUUGUAGCUUCAAUGGACAAGACAUUUACUGAAUGGUAUUCAGUUGCUGCAAUGCAAAGAAGUACUCAUCAAGAACUUAUGAAAUCUGUGCAAGAUGCUUUCCAUAAAGUGGUCAUCCAAUUUAAAGCAAAAAAUGGGUUGUUGCCUGAAAAAAUUAUUAUAUAUAGAGAUGGUGUUUCUGAUGGGGAUUUAAAACAAGUUGAAGAAAUUGAACUAUCAGAUUUAAUUGAAUCUUUUAAAAGUUACCCAGGAAAUUAUAAUCCUAUGGUUUCUUUAAUUAUUGUUCAAAAACGUAUAAAUACCAGAGUUUUCCAGUAUGUAAAUGAAAAGUAUUCAAAUCCAAGUCCUGGAACUGUUAUUGAUAGUACUGUAACCAGAAGAAAUUAUUUUGAUUUUUUCUUGGUUUCUCAACAUGUUCGUCAGGGCACUGUUAACCCUACUCAUUAUAUUGUUCUAAAAAAUGGAUGUAAUUUAAGUGUUGAAAAUGUUCAAAGACUAUCUUAUAAGUUGUGUCACUUGUAUUAUAAUUGGUGUGGUACUGUGAAAGUUCCUGCUCCUGUUCAAUAUGCUCACAAACUGGCAUACCUUAUAGGACAAAAUGUUAGACAAAUGCCAAGUGAUGGUUUAUGCAAUUCUCUAUUUUUUCUUUGACGGACGUGUACAAAUUUGGACGACCAGGGAGGUCUUUUCAGUUUAUUAUUUACAUGUACACUAUUAAUCAUUUUUGAUUAUCAAGGCUAUUACUGAAAUGUAAUAACAAUUGUUAUUUUUUUUUCUUAUUGAUAUUUUUCUCUGAUACUGUGAUUGUAAAAAUUAUUCAAAUGCUUAAAAUGACUUAAAUGAAAAUCCUUUGUUCCAUAUGUUUUGUACUUUGGUUUAAAAAGUAAAUCACCUUUUUUAUUGUCAAGAAUACAUUUUAUUUUAUUUUUUCCUUACAUUUUAUUCAAUAUUAUUUUGAUAUGAUUUAUGACUUAUCAGUAGAGGUCUUAGUGGUCUUACUUUUAUAUAUGAAACAAACAUAUAUGUACUAGAAUAUUGUGAGCAUGUGAAUUUAACAGAAUGAAACGUAUGAUUAUUUUAUGUGAAUUAAUAAAUGAUAUAAUACCGGAACAGAUAUCUGAUGAAUAUGUAAAU